CCCGCCCAGGGCGGCCCCGUCCUGCUGCGGGCCGCGGGGUCCGCCGAGAACCUGGGCCGUGCCCUGCUCCGCCCGCUCGUGCUCGGGGAGUUACGGCUCGUCUUCAUGAAAGCGAGGAGGGUGAGUCGUCUUCCAUAUAUGUAUACGUUGCCCUCCCUCCCCUUAAUUUAAUCACCUUCCUAGGCACCGCGUGCCUUCUGCAUGAGGAAUGCAUACGCCCACUGUUGCGGGCAGGUGUGUGGGAACUCCGAAAUCAGGCUGGAACAGACACAUGGGGCAACUAAACGACUCGUGCAGUCAGUAUCUGGUAACACAACACUGAUUUUACAGCACUAACCAUUAACUUUCACUUUACAAAACAACUUAAGACCAACCAAGGUGAACAAAGUCCCCCGAGGCUCCCUUCAGCCGCUGCAUUCUGGAGCUCUCCGGCCAUGGCCAACAGAGCCCUCACACACAGGCUGAGCUGUACACUGCUCCGCACCUCUGCACAACGUCCCUCAUACUUUGCACUUUGUGCCCUCAUCUUACAGUCACAGAAUUAUUAAGGACGGAAAAGACCACUAAGAUCAUCUAGUCCAACCAUCAGCCCAUCCCCGCCAUGCCUGAUAAUCAUGGAAUGCCCCUCAGUGCCACAUCCACAUGAUUCUUGACCACCUCCCUGGGCAGCCUGUGCCAAUGCCUCACCGCUCUUUCUGAGAAGAAAGUUUACUAACAUCCAACCUGAACCUCUCCUCGUGCAACUUGAGACCAUUACCUCUCAUCCUAUCGCUGUUACCUGGGAGAAGAGGCUGACCCCGACCUCAUCACAACCUCUUUUCAGGUUCUCCCACUUCAACCUCUUGCCAUUCCAAAUGCCACUAGAGAAAAAAAGAAUGUGGAAAGAAGGCACCUUGCAUUAAUCAACAGCACAGAGUGUAAAAUGCCAGAGAAUAAGAAGGGAAACCUUCACAUCUUUUCGAGUAAUGAGAAUGCUGUCAAGUGCAUAGACAUCCUUGAAUAGCUUUAAGUGAGCAAUGAGUUGACUCUCUUAUAAAAGUCACAGCCAUAAUAAUACAGCAGUACCACGAACAACUUCUCCGUUCAGUCAUUGCAUCAAGUGCUUUAACUCCAGAGAGAGCAGAACCAUUUGGCCCCACACCAACUGGAAGUCGCUCAGUGCCACGUGAGAGCACACAGGCAGGGAUCCCAUCGGCGGAUCCAUGAGCUCAAACACACGCACCAGUAAAGCCAUCAAACGCAAGACAAACAUUGACAUGUCUUGUUACACUUCUAAUUAAAUGGAUUUGCAUAGCAUGACUAGUCAUAAAAUUUGCACAAUGCAUACAGUGAUGAAUAACAACAUGAUUUGAAAAGAGUUGGCUAAGAAUGAUCCAACCUAUCUGUGACAGCAGAUACGGGAUCAGGCCUAUAGCAGAACACCGGAUUGCUUCAGUCCCUGCUCAAUUAAAUACAGAAACGCGGCAAAGAAUGGGGAUGGAUUAGAUGGGGAAGUAGGAGACAGAAACUCAGCAGAAAGCAAAAGUCAUCAGUGCUAAUUACCCUGGGCAGUCUCCCCACUGCUUCUGCCUGUGGAAAGAGCGUAGUUUUAAAAUACUUCACCUGUAUGCACAUCAAAAGGUGAAAGUACUUGUAAAGCACCCUGAGAACGAAGAGACCUGACCCAUGCACUAAACUUUGGUGGAAACGUGAAAUAGUUCAAAGCAAAGGCAACGUGCCAAGACCAAAUUAAAAUCUUCUCCUCCAGUGUAUUGCUGACAGCACUCGAUAGAUGAAAUCCUGUGAAGAAUUUGAUGCUGUGUAUAAUUACCAGCACUCUCCUGGCAUCUUCCCAGCGCAUUUGCUAGAUGAACCUGAAAAGCCUGGAGCUGUGGGCUACCUUCUCUGAGGAAAAGACAUUAGAGAAUCAGACAUUGGCAUGAAAACCAUUUGGAUCGGUACUUCAUGUUUUCCCCACAAGCUCCUCACACCUGGACUAUCAAUAUGGAGCAUAAGUCAUUCCAUCACGUGCAUCUCUGAGGGCUCCCAAAGUCAAGAGGAGUCGGUGAUGCUAACUCCACCUGUUUCAAUCAGGCAGCCCAUCCUCUCACGUUUUCUUAGCACACAACUACGGCUCACUUUGCUUGAGCUCUGACAGAUCUCCCAGAAUUCACAUUUUCAAGAAUUUCCUCUAAAUCCACGGAGGUUAUAAAUAUAUCUCAUUUUAAUGAAAGCAAAGGCUGACUUCAAUAGAAGCAAACACGACGUGACUCCAGAAUCAAUACUUGGGAGCGCCCGCAGCAUUACACUGAAACCAGUUUUACAGAAGUCUUCACCCCGAAUACGUGUAAAAGGAGCUACACGUGUACGUUGUUCUACAGCAGCUCCUCACAGCCCACUGCAAUUGGACAACAGGAGUUGUAUGGAGGGGACCUCCCUCCCUCAGGGAAGGCGGGUGGACAGAGUUACCACAGCACCAGCAGCGCGCUGCGGCCUGCCGCGCGGAGCGGGCCGUGCCGCGGGGGCCGCCUGGCGGCCGGCGGGAAACAACGCGGCCCCGCGGAGCGCCGCGGCCGCCUCCCAGCGGCGGGGGGCUCGCGGCUCUCGGGGCCCGUCCGCCACCCGUGAGGCUCCAGAUGAAACACCGGUGCCCGGUGAGCGGGAGCGCAGCGCGGUGCCACGAGGCGAAGCGAACGCAGAAUUCAUCUGCGCCACGGACGUCCUUUCAAAGCGCACCUGCAAAACGUGCGCUGUCGUUUCCAGUUCUGGAGCGACAGAGCCCGCUCGUGCAAUUAGCGAAAACAUCGAGUUAACACGGAGAGGGAAAGAGCUGGAAAACGAUUUGUUAAACGCGGCUCCAAAGAAAACAGCCUGGCAGCCCGUUCCUCCCGUCGGAAGCGAAGCGGCCCGCCAGCCCCGCGCACGGGACUGCGUCUGUGAAAAGGGCUCCCGAGCAAAAGCGCUGCGUACUGCACCUCCUUAACGACAGCCGGCACGUGGAUGGGCCCGCCCGCAGCUGUUGCUCGCUGCCGCAUGCCCACGUUAUAUAAAAUAUGUAUUAAAAGCGUUACGUUGUGGAAA